AAAACUUAUAUAUAUGGUAAGCAUUGUGUAAGGUGCUAGAAAUAUAAGGAUGAGGUCUAGUAGGGCAAAUAGAGGCAAAAUAUAGAUAUCUAGAGUGCAGUGUGAUGGGGAAUAUAUAAUGUAGUUGUUAUUGUAGUUAUCAAAUUGUUAAACGAUCAAAUCAUUAUUAAUGGUUAAUGGAAUUAUGGUGGUGAGAGGGGCCAGCCAGGGGUGGGUAGGAAAUAAGAAAUGUGAUUAUUGAGAAAUUAGUUUCAUAAUGUCUGUUCUGCUAACUGUUCCUUUUUUUUAAUUAUUGAAGUGAAAUUCACAUAACAUAAAAUUAACGAUUAAGCAGUUGCUGCCAUGCUCCCUUCCCCACAAUCCCUGGCAACCACCAAUCUGCACUCUGUCUCUGAAUUUACCAAUUCUGGAUAUUUCAUGUAAAUGGGGACUCAUACAAUAUGUGAGCUUUUAUAUCUGGCUUCUUUUCCUUGUAAUGUUUUUCAGUUUCAUCCACAUUGUAGUAUGAGUAUUUAAUUUCUUUUUAUGACUGACUAAUAUUCCAUUGUAUGGAUAUGCCACAAUUUGUUUAUCCAUUCAUCUGUUGAUGACAUUUGGGCAGUUUCUGCCUCUUGGCUAUUGUGAAUAGAGUUGCUAUGGACAUGUGUGUACAUGUAUUUGUUUGAGUACUUGUUUCCGAUUCUUAUUUCACCUAGGAGUAGAAUUGCUGGGCUGCAAUUGUUAUAAACUAAAAUUAUAUUCAGUUUAGAAAAGAACUUCUUUAGGAAAGACUUUAGAAAGAACUGGUAAAUGUUCUAAUUUUGUAUCUUGUGGUCUUUUCCUCUGAUAAAAAUGAUACCAUUUAGAGCCAGUGAAUAACUUGCCAUGCAGUUUCCUGAUUUCUCUCCCCCUGGCUGUUGCCUUUACUAGUUGGAGCAUUUCGGUAAUGCAUAACCAUGUUUCUCUUCUUGACUUUCUCUUCACAGUCUACAAUGAUUAUUCCAGACCUCCUUCACUGGCCUCAAAAUUAACUUUCCCUUUACCCAUCUCAUUUGGAGCAGAUGACCUUUCUUUCAACUUCUCCAAAAAGUUAAAAGCCAUCAUCUGGGAACUCCCUAGAUGUCCCAGACCAAAGCUGUAAAGCUUCUUGCAGCAGUCGCCAAUCCUCAUUGCCCUCCUAUUAUGAUAGAGGAAGUGUCUCUUAAUAAAGGAUGUCUUUGUACAUCUGUCCCCUUCCUACUGCAUUCAAGGUACCUGCUAUCUCUCAUGCUCUUGUUCAUUCUCUCAUUUGUAUUCAUUCUCAUUUCUUUCUUCUCCCUUUCCCUCUCUCUUGCUCUUCAUCAAUUAUAAACUUGCUCAAGUAUUUUCCAACUUCAAGUUUCACACCCUCAAGUUUUCACUUUCUCCCUUGCUCUUUCUGGGUAGCAUCUUGAAAGCAUGCUUACACUUAGUGCACUCACUCUUGCCUCUCGUUCACUCCUGACCUCCUCCAGCCUGACUUACAUCCAUCACUUCACAAAAGUAGCUCCUCCAGGGAUUAAAACAGCAGCAUUUGACACACUUGAUCAUGCGUCCUUUAAAAACUCUUACACACACCCUCCUGGUUCCUCCGCCUUUUUAGGCAGCUUCCUCUGCCUUCCUUUGUUGGAUCUUCCUUCCCUAUCUGACCUGUAACAGGGCUUCUAUUUGUUGGCUUUCUUAAGAGCUCAGUCCGGGCUUUCUUUUCCUCUCUAUUUAUAUUCUCUACCUCAGCAAACUCCUGUGGCUUCAAAUACUACAUAAGUGACAACUUCCAAAUUCCACUCUCUGCCAAGACCUUCUGAAAUCCGGACCCAUGUAGCCAACUGCCAUUUUGACAUCUCCACUUCCUUUUCAAACAUGCCUAAGACCGCGCUUCCUAAUAACCAGCAUGCAUUCCUUAUCUCAGUAAAUGGUCUACCCAGGUGCUUAAGCCUGAAACCCAGGAUCAUCUUUGUGACCUCUUCCUCCUUCAAACACACUAUCCACUCCCUUACCAUACACUGUUGAUUUUAUUCUAAAUGUAUCUCAAAUCUAUUCAUUACAUCUCUCGGUCAUGAUGGGAGUUGAAGAAAAAAAUAAGUCGUGUGCUCAAAGUUUCUAUCCUGGAACAUCAGAAAACUCUAUGAAAUUUAGAAAUAAAUGUUUGGUUUCAAGAGAAAGCUUACCCUGAGCUUUUGACAACCACGGUAAAUAUUUCCCCAUUGAGUCAGAAACCCAGCCCCAUUGUCCUCACUAAUUCUUUUUAUAUCUUACAGUUCUUCACUGCUUAUUAGUUAUUUAUAUUAUUUGACAUGAUGUCACUAGUACCCUUAGGUGAGAGGAGGUAAUCUUUGUUUCUGAAUUUAAAUUUACCUUAAAACUUAAUGUUAUACAUUGUGGGGAAGGGGAAAAAUAAAAAGGUACUAUCUUACCUUGUUAGCCAGACUACAGAUUGGCACAACCAUUUGGAAGGCAAAGUGACCCUAUCAAAGUUUUAAGGGUGUGUUCCAUUAUUAGAAAUUUAAUUUAUAGGUAUAUCAUCAAAGGAUGCCCCCAAAAUGAAUGAGGAUAUUCAUUACAGCAUUAUUUGUAAUAGCAAAAAAUCUGGUAGCUUAAGUAUAUGAAUAAUACAUCAAUAUGUUAGAUACAGCCUUUAAGAAAGAGCUAGAUUCCGAGUUCCAACCCGGACCUGUACGCUGCUGCGCUGACGUGGCUCCCAGAAGUAAGGCUGGCGUAGGGCCGCCAUGUUGCAGCAGGAUAGUAAUGAUAACACUAAAGAUGUUUCACUGUUUGAUGCGGAAGAGGAGACGACUAAUAGACCAAGAAAAGUCAAAAUCAGACAUCCAGUAGCAUCGUUUUUCCACUUAUUCUUUCGAGUCAGUGCAAUCAUCGUCUAUUUUCUCUGUGAGUUGCUCAGUAGCAGCUUUAUUACCUGUAUGGUAACAAUUAUCUUGUUGUCAUGUGACUUUUGGGCAGUGAAGAAUGUCACAGGUAGACUAAUGGUUGGCCUACGUUGGUGGAAUCACAUUGAUGAAGAUGGAAAGAGCCAUUGGGUGUUUGAAUCUAGAAAGGAGUCCUCUCAAGAGAAUAAAACUGUGUCAGAGGCUGAAUCAAGAAUCUUUUGGUUGGGACUUAUUGCCUGUCCAGUGCUGUGGGUGAUAUUUGCCUUUAGUGCACUCUUCUCCUUCAGAGUAAAGUGGUUGGCGGUGGUUUUCAUGGAUGUGGUGCUACAAGGUGCCAACCUGUAUGGUGACUUCAGGUGUAAGGUGGGCAGCAGAAAGAAUUUAACCAGCAUGGCUACUUUAUAUUUUGGAAAACAGUUUUUAAGACAAAACACUGGAGAUGAUCAGACUUCCUGAAUAGAGAAAGCUUAUGUGCUUUGUUACAUUGGGGAACAACUGAAGAGAUAAGUCUUGACUCUGAACCUCUUAGAGCUUAGUCCGUGUUGCAAUGAGGAGUGUUGGCUUUGUUUUUCCACUUAAAAACUUUAUUUAUAAAAAGGAAAAAUAGUUUCAUAUUAAGUUUUUAUUUCCUUUCCAGCAGUUAGGGCGAGAAAGUAUAUGUUGGCACUAGAAACAUUGUCAAGAUUUGUUCUGUGGUGUAGGUAUGCACAUUCCAUAGGUGUGCACACUGCCGUGUAAUAUCAGUAUAUCCCAAGUUAAUGAAAGUGUUCAUUUAUAUAGGUAAUGGAGACCUUUGCAUUUUGAUCCAUAGAACAUAGGAGGAUGUUCUUAGUCUGUCUCAAAGCUCUAUAUGUUUACAUAUUAUUUCUGUAGAUUGUUUUCAGGAGAAAGUUUUGCUUCCAUGGUAAGAGUGAGCACUUUGGCUUCUGUGUAAGCUAGAAAUAAUUGUUAGUUUUUAAUAUGUACUUCGUGGGGAAAUUUCUUAGACGUAUGCAGGCAAGUGAAAACAGUUAGGGCCAGUGGUAUUAACUACUUUAUAAAAUUUUAUUUUUAUUUGUAAGAAGUCAUCUACUUAAGCCCCAGUUAAUAUAAGUGGAAUCAUCGUAGUUUAAGGAAUACCCAGAGAUUGCUGCUGUUCUAUUUAUUUUACAGAAAGGAUAGCUAGAUUGAAAGCUCUUCAGUGGACCUUGAGCUAAUAGAUCUUUUACCACUAAAAGAGCAUUAUUCUCAUGUCAUAAUGAGAAUAAUCAUUUACAUACUUGGCAUAAUAAAUGCCUAAAAGACAUUUUAUUUUCUGAAUCUAUUUUUUUCUUGCUAUAAUGGGGAUACUGUAAAUUAUGCAUUUGUAUUAAUGGUAUUUCUUAAAGCAAUCUAUGUAACUGUAAACUAAACCAAUCUACAAACUAUUGUAGGCAUCUGUAAGUUCUGUUGUAGGUAUUAUAAACCUUGUUGAAGUCUUAAUCAGCAGAUUAUGUUGUGAAUGUAUUUGUACAUUGUUAAAAUAGUUUUUAAGAUUAUUUGUUUAAUUGAAUAAGUGUCUUACUGGAGUGAUAGCUUUGAAGGUGCAAAACUUUAUAUUUGUAUAAAAUUCUGCUGUUUACAAGGCAAAAAAAAAAAAAGAGAGCUAGAUUCCGUGAUAUUCUUUAAGCAAAUUACCAAACUAUAUAAAUAGUAUUAUCUGACACAUAUACUUCCUUUGCAUAUUUUAUAUAUAACAUUGGUGGACAAUUCACAAAACAUCUUCUCCAAGCCAUAGAAAUCUAACAGUGGUUACCUCUGGGGAGAAGGACUGAAGGUCUGAAGUAGGAUAGAUUAACUUUCACUUUUCUUUUUAAAAUCUCUUUUAUGUGCAUGUAUACUUUAUUUUAACAAUAAAAAUGUAUUAUAAAACAGGGAUUCUUAAGAUACUAACAGUACACAUAGUGUUCUGUUUGAGUCCCGGGCUCAGAAGGAGACCCUUCAUGAUUUGACUUUCUCCCCUUUGACUGCAAAAUAAACUAUUCACAGCAGAGAACUAUAAAUUUGUGAAUCUUUGUGGAACUAAAAUUUUUAAAGCCUUAUGGUUUUAUAUUUGGAGAAAAGAAGUGUUAUUUUCACCAAGUGUCUAAUGUAAUAGUAGUGGUAAUAAUUCGUAAUAGCCACCACCAUUUUAAACAUUUAUUUUUAAGAGAAAGGAAAAGUAGUUCAUCAGUCUUUUGCCCUUUCAGUAUAAUUGUUUUCAAGUCCUUACCUGAUUAAACAAGUGCAAUUCUACAUUUGGCCACUACACUGCUAUCUGAUGAAACACUGAAACAAGUAUUGAAUGGAAUCCAAUUAAUCCCUCCUGUAUCCAAGCUCAAAAGAUAAUAUGAGGGAGCUGGCUUUUCUAAACUGUCUUGUUUUUACAGGAUCAGGCCUUCACUUAAUACUAUUUAAACAAUGCAUAAUAAAUGUUUGCCAAAGUCCAGCCACUUCAUUCUCUUAACUACCCUAACAUCUGUUUGAGAAACGACUGAAACUAGGAUCUGUUUAUUACCUAGUACUGACUUCAGAGUCAAUACAUAGUCAAUUAUAGAGUAUUCUUUAGUUUUCCAUCUUCAGAGAUGGUUCAUCUAAUCCUCACUUGACUGCUCAGGUUUUUUUUUUUUUUCACUCCUCAUAAUCCUGAAGUUUAUUCUGUCCAUUGUCCUGUAAUUAAGUAGUAUACAUUGGAGCUUCUCUCUAACUCACAGAUAGCUGUUCAUCACCUCUCCCCUCUCCCCUUUCCCACCCUCCUUCAUACCCCAUAACUGAAAUCUAGCUAUUCAUAGAGAAUUUCCAAGACCAUGGCUGCCUGCCAUUAUGCUCCCCAGAAAGUGUCAUUUUUGCCUUGUUUUGGUAACAUGCAAUCCUCGAUGUCCCACUGAAAACUCAGGGCCAGAGCCAUGCUUUGCCUCGGCUUGCUCAACUCAAACUAAGCUGCUCUUUGUUAUUAAUAUGCUGCAUACAAUGUGUUGUUUCCUUUAGGGGAAAAAGGCACUUUAAUUACAUCAUAUUAAGACAACAUUUCACACUUUGGGAGGUCAACGCGGAUGGAACACUUGAGGCCAGGAGUUCGAGACCAGCCUGAUCAACAUAGCAAAACCCCGUGUCUAUUAAAAAUACAACAAAUUAGCCGGGCAUGGUGGUACACACCUGUAAUCCCAGCUAUUCAGGAAGCUGAGGCACAAGAAUCACUUGAACCCAGGAGGUAGAGGUUGCAGGGAGCCGAGAUCACACCACUGCACUCCAGCCUGGGCGACAGAGGAAGACUCUGUCUCGAAAAAAAAAAAAAAAAAAAUUUCAACAUUCUACUUAUGGAAACAAAAGAGAAAAGGCAUAUCUUGGUUCAAAAAGCAUGUGAAAUUUUUGAAUUAGGGUUAUAAGUAUCACAUGAAAGAAGUUGUUGUAUUUUAAAAGUUUUGUUUUGUGUGUUUAUUUGUUUGUUUGAGACAGAGUUCUUGCUCUAUUGCCCAGGCUUGAGUGCAGUGGUACAAUCAUAGCUCACUGUAUAGCCUCGAACUCCUGGGCUCAAGUGAUCCUCCUACCUCAGAGCCUCCCAAGUAGCUGGGACUACAGGUGUGUGCUACCAUGCCAGCUAAUUUCUUAUUUUUUAUUUUUCUUUGGUAGAGACAGGAUCUCAGUAUGUUGCCCAGGCUGUUCUCAAACUCCUGGUCUCAAGCCAUCCUCCCUCUUCAGCCUCCCAAAACACUGGGAUUACAGGCAUGAAGCACCGAGUUUGGCCUUACAGUUUUUUUAUAUUGGAAACAAAUCUUAAAAUUUUGUUCUAAAAGCACUCUAAACCAUUUAAGAAGCAGGGAAAAGGAACUAAAAGAAGAUACUUUUUUUUAUGGAAAACCUGCUAGACAAAUUCUAAAAGAGUUGUAAUACUUAAGAUACUUUAUAUCUAAACUACCAUAUUGCUGGGAAUGACAUUUUCAGUUUAUCAUUGGAUAAGCUACCUUUCAUUUUUUUGGAAUUGGGAUUAAAAUCAAAUUUUUACUUUUCUUGCAUAAAAGCAGAGCAAAUUCAAAACACCUCUAUUGACAUAAUAUUGUUUUUAUCUGUUGUGAUAAGGAAUAAGUAAAAAUUUCAAAAUUAUACACCCUUUUCUCCUUGUUGAAAUGUAAUAGGAAACUGUAAAUGUUAGCCCUAAGAGAUAAAAGAUCAUAAUUCAAUAAAUUUUUUUCUCUAAAUGAAAUAGCCAUCUGUAUCCAUGUUCACAUAUGUCUACCACAAUUGCAAAAGACAGUGGUUAAUACAUGAGGAAAUUAGUCUCAUUACUUUAUGAUCAUGCUUUAUAUAGAUUACAUUGGAAUAGUCUUCCUUUUAAGAAUUCAAAUUAAGGGAAUAACUGAAAGGAGGAAUUAACUUUAUACACAAAAAUUCCACCACAGCAUUAUUUAUAGUUAAAAAAUUGGAAACAACCUAAGUGAUAAACAGGGACUAUUUAGCAAACUAUGCCAUAUCCACCUAACAGUAUUUUAUGUAGCCACUAAAAUAAUAAGAAUAUUUAUCAUUGUAGUUACAGAGUGAUCGGAGUAUGUAGAAGCAGAGAAUCAAAAUUUAUGCUUAAAGACAGAGGAAAUAUAUGGUAACUCUAGUUGUGUCUCUCUGGACGAUGAUAUUAUCGGUGAUUUUCUUUUUUAGUUUUUUUAUCCUACUGUUUUCUAUUUCCAUAUUUUGUGUAAUGAACAUAUUUGGCUCUUAUCAUGUGUGAAAAGAUUUUUUUAAUAAAAAUGCCUGGGACCCAGGCUACUUAGGAAAGAUGGGAUACAUACAGUAAGUAAAUGGAUUUAUAACCUCAUCUCCCUCCAUCCAUGAGGGUGCUUUGCCUGCCUCUUGUGAGUUUUGUCAUCUGGAAAUAUACAGCUGUUGUAGAAUUCUCAACCUGGGGUUAAUGUUUUGCACAGAGAAUACAAUGCUACCUGUAUGAGAUAUGCUUUUUUAUAUCUGUCCCCCUUUUUUGAUAAAAUGAAACAGGUUUACACCUUGUUUUAAACCGUGAUUCUAAACUUCAGGACUUCUUAGGACCAUGUGUUGGAUUGUUUAGCCUUUACCUUUUUCAAAAAUAAUAUGCUUUGAAAAUGUUCAAAUGUGAGCAAUUGUAACAUGAAGUCUAUUUAUCUUUGUUACUUAUUUCUUUUGUUUCUGAAAGGAUGUACGCACUCAGUGUUUUGAACUAUUUAUCCCCUGAGGAUUCUGUAGUUUGUACAUGUAUCCUCUUCCUGCAUGAUGGCCAUGGAAGAUACUGAAUGUUACUCAACUUACUAAGAGGUUGGAGGCUAUGAUGUCAUCCCAGUAGUACGGUUCAUCCACUCAGCAAGGCAUCAGGAGAGAAUGCUCUUGGUUUCAGUUUUGACACAUGAAGCUGUUGCCAGACUGCCUCUGCCGCAGGAAAGCAGUACCAGGCCAGUGUCUAGUCUUUGGUUACAGCUACAGAUAUGAAAUCUUGUCAACACAAGCACAGUGUGUCAGGCAGUUGUGCAAGGCUGAGUGACGUUCAGUGGUCUAAGCCUUUUUUCCCUCCAUGCAGAUAAUAAAAAUGGAGGGUGAGCAUGGAGGCUGAAAAGGGAGGAAGAAGGUCUCCAGGCUUAAUCCAAGAAGGUCCCAGGAAAACUUGAUAAAGCAUUCCUGAUCCCACAACUGUGAAUGCCUCUCUGAUCAUUAAAAGAGUCUGGUCCUCUGUUUUCAGGGUCCCUUACCCCUUCCUCAGUCGUGGAUAAGCACCAGUACAUUCUGCCUGACUUCUGUGUUGCAUGACAAUUAAGCUGUCUGUAUCAUUCAAGCCAUGUUCUUCCUGGAUGGUCUCCCUCUAAGGUGCAGAUAUCUGCUGUGACUUAUACAUUAAUUUUGUUACUAAUUUGAUGAACAGAAGUUCUGAAAGGAAGUUUGAUAUCUGCCAAAAUUAUGAGUCUAUACCUAUAUGAUCGGUACUUUUUAUAAGUAGUAGUUGCUCUCAGAAUAGCCUGUGUCAAUUGUGAAUGGCUGGUUUUAGUUGACAUCAACAAGUAAUACUAUAAUUGUGUGUUUUUGUUUUGAGACAGAGUCUCGCUCUGUUGCCCAGGCUUGAGUGCAAUGGCAGGAUCUCGGCUCACUGGGUUCAAACGAUUCUUCUGCCUCAGCCUGCUGAGUAGCUGGGAUGACAGGCACCUGCCACCUUGCCUGGCUAGUUUUUAUAUUUUCAGUAGAGAUGGGUUUCAUCAUGUUGGCCCGGCUAGUCUCAAACUCCUGACCUCCAAUGAUCUGCCAGUCUCGUCCCGGCCUCCCAAAGUAUAAUUGUGUUUUACUACUAACCCAAAGUAGCAAUGUACCUGAUCUCUUGCUAGGGCAUAGUGCCUCAUAUUCAAUAUAAUAUGUCCAGUAGUGUCCACCUAUGGGUGCAGAUAAAAGCUAAAAAAAAAAAAAAAAAAAAAAAAAAACUGGGUAAUCAACAUACUUAACAAAAUGGCUGGUUACUUGCAAUUCUGCCUCCUCCCCUUCCAUUCAUGUUCUUCCUAACAUCGCUUUAAAAAGAUCUUCCAUUCACAGCUACUGCUGCUGCUCUUUCCCAUGGAUUUCUACUCCAUGCAGUACCCAGACACCUAACAGAUAUGCUCUAAAUAAAUGAAUGUGCCUGGGGGAGGCUGAUGGCCACAGCUGCUUUGAAUAAUACUUGUAGUGGGAGGUUCUUGCUUCUUGGGAAAGUUUUAUAGGCAAUGAUGAGAGCGUUAAUUGGGGAAAUUAUUCUCCUACCUUCAAGUAGUACAAGUAGGGUUGUUUGGCUGCUUGUUUGGCCACAUAGAAAAUGGGAUAGAAAACACAAAUGUUUGUGUGUGUUGUUUUAUUUUAAUAAUUGGUGGUUGGUGUCUACGAUAUUGUGAAUAUAAUUAGAAAUGUAUAUGUGUUCUUUGUCUCAGGUUCCUGGCACAGAACUCCUAAAGUUCUCCUAAAUGUCCUGAGUAAUAGAGCAUCAUUUGUUAUACAUUUGGUCUUAGUCCCCAGUUCUUGACAAAGAGCUUCUUUCUAAGAUCCUUGGACUCUCUGGAGUGAUGAGAGUGGUUUUUGUAUGCUACUGAGAUGACAGGUAGUUGAAGGUCUUUAGGUAGCUUCCAGAUAGGGGCUGAUCACCAGAAAGACCAAGGCAUGGCCAGAGGAAAGGUGGUAUACCUAGAGAGGGCAUGGGAGCUCUGUGCCCCUUCUCCCAUACCAUGCCCUAUGUGUCUCUUCCAUUUGGCUAUGCCUGAGUUGUAUGUAUCCUUUAUAAUAAACUACUAAUAAUAGGUAAGGUGCCUUCCUGAGUUCUGUGAGCUGUUCUAGCAAAUUAUCAAACCUGGGGAGGGGAUUAUGGGAACCUCCCAACUUUAUAACUCAUUGGUCAAAAGUCUGAGUGGCUUGGACUAACAAUUGGCAUCUGAAGUGAGGGCAGUCUCUUGGGAUGGAGCCCUUUAACUUGUAGGAUCUGACGCUAACUCCAGGUACCUAGUGUCAGAAUUGAAUCAUUGGACACCCAGUUGGGCAUCCAGAAUUGGAGAAUUGGUUGGUAUGAGGGAAAAGCCCACACAUCUGGUGUCAGAAGUGUUGGAAAUAGAAACAGAUCAGAGUGACACGCAUCCAUGUUGUGUGUUACCCUCAUGGUAGCAGGUACCUUUCUUUCCAUGUUAGCAUGAAAGUGUGAUUUCUGGUCAUAGAUGAUACAGCUGACAGGACUGCUGUCCUGGUAAAUGAAGGCACCUGAAAUGACCCAUGUACAAUCAAGAGAUGCUUCCAAGACUAACCAGCUGUUGUCAUCAGAGUGUUGGUUUGCAAAUCAAGUUGUUGCAGAUGUAUGCAUCAUUCAAAGAUGCCAUUCACCCAAAAAACUUAUUGUGUCUGAUAGAUUUGUCUCACAAAUGUGUGCUUUCAUUGUUUGGUUUUUGUUUUAAACCAAAAAGGGAACCAUUGAUAUUUUCAUUACUCUUUCUUUUUUAUUCUUUUGAGGAUUCCCUUGGGAGAAAGGAAAGAUUUUCCUGCUAGAGAUUCUCCAACAGACAUGGACCACCAUGUUCCAGAAGUAUCAACCUUUGAACUGGAGAACUGUUCUAACCCUUUUCUCCUCUCAGUUGUCUUUUUCUUGAGAUUCUGCUUCUUGAAUAUGAUUAUCUUAAAUGCAGACAGGCAUUUACUUUAGCAUUCCUAGAAGAAUGUUAAAGUACGCAGGUCUUUGGGUGCUGUAAGAUGCACAGGUCAGCUCCUUGGUUAUUUUGUUCCUAGUAAAGUACAUUGGGAAUAUACGAUCCUCAAUCAACUUAGGGAAAAGAUCUUUCUGUUAGCGCACAAUUGAUUCAAAGUAUCACAGAACAUCUUAAUGUCAGGAAUGUGCAUAUCUUUUUUAAAGAAAUUUUAUUUCUUUUGCUUUGUGUAGCAGCAUCUUGUCAGUUGCUUCAGUUCUAAACAGGCUAUCAAUGAAGUUUUGUGAUCCUGUGGCCCCAAACCAAACAAAAACCCAAACUUAUUUCUGUAUCUAAUAGAUGAUGACAUUCAUAUCAAACAGUGAUAAAAUAUUUUUAAAAGCCAUGUGACAGCUUAGAUUCUUUCUGAACUUUACCUAAGACUGUGCUCUGCUCUGCAGUCAGCACAAGACCAACUGAAAAACAGGGGAUGGAGGCCACGUGCCUGCGUCUGCAGGCCUCAAGGUUUUAUUGCAAGGAGGAGACACCAUGUGCCCUGCAUUUGAGCCUCUCAUUCCAGCCAUCACCACUCACUAGAAAAUUCUGUCUUCUCUUCCCACCAUUUAAGUAAGAAAGGCACAUAAAUAAUUUUUUUAAGCAUAUUGACAACCGUUAAGCAGACUCUUAAUCAUUCUAAUCUUGGUUUUCAUCCAUGGUUUGAAACAAAAAUC